CAAACUGGAAGUCUGGACUCUGGAAUACAAAAUUUAUCGGUGCAAAAUCAAACGAGUUUGUAUUCAUGAACCAGGGGGAAUUUUUGCACCGGAAAUAAACGCAGCUAAAUCACUGUUAAGUGUUGGCACAGGCGGAGCUCCGGCCUAUACUUGAGUCCAAUCAAGAACAAUCUGGUCCUAAUGCAGAAUUUUUGUAUUUCUAUUUCUCACCAUUAACUCUGUCGUUUUAUCUCUCUUCAAAAUUUUCGGUUUAGAAGGAGAAGGAAGGAAGAUAAAUGUGGGUUUUUGUUGGAUUGUAGCUUUGAAGUUACUAAAAUGGAAAAGGUUCCAGCUUUGUUAUCGUUAUGCAUGGAGACAGUUAUAAAAGAAAUUAUUUAUGGGGAUCAUUUUCUGCACAACAUAUUUGAAUUGCCACUGGACUUAAUUGAUUGCUUAUUGAUGCGCUUACCACCAUUGGCACUGCAAAAGUUACAAGAAGACAUGCCAUCCGGUCAGUGCAGGGGCGAUGAAUCCAUUAAUGCCUUUUCUAGGGAUGGGAGAAAACGUAAAAGAUAUGGUGACUUCAACACAGUUUGGAGGACAUUAUUUUACUCGCGUUGGCCUGAGGGUGUUGCACAGAUCCAAUCAAUGGAACAGUUGACAAUGCGGCCAAUUAAAGGAUCUGAAACAGAUUAUAAUGAUGACUGGCAGCAGCUGUAUUGGGAAGCACAUUUACAGAAUUGUCUAGAUGAAGCGGCAGAGAUAGCAUUGCUCCCGUCUUUUGAUGGAUGCAUUGGUGAAAUAACCAUUCCAGACAUUCUUAUGAAGUCUAUAGGUUAUGAGGUGGAAAUGGGUUAUAAAAGUUCUGAGGUUUCAAAAUUAUCUUACCAUUGUAGAAAUUUUGGGCGGUAUGCCAGAAAACUGAGACUUCAAAAUGUGCUUUGUGUUGCAGAAACAUGCGAGUUAUUACGAGAUAGCAGGUUGCAAAGUGUGGUCUUAAGGAGAAUCAAAUCCAAAGAACAUGUUAAUGGAGCAUGCAGACUUCUGAACCUGAACAGUCACACAUUGUUAUCACUUGAGUUUGUUCAUUGCAGGCUUUCUUCACAUGCUAUCAAUGCAAUUUUUAAUUCCUUAUAUACAGAGGGUAUUCAAACACAUGGGAUUCAGUACCUCUCAAUCAAAGCUUCAAGCAUUCUUGAAAACAAUGCAGUAACCAUACCUUCUGGGGUGUUAUCUUUUCUWUUGUCAGGAAGGUAUACCUUUUAUGCUUUUAAUGCAAUUAUUGCUUCAUAG